AUGGCUUACCUGAUCACUCUUGUAGCCGCGAUUAGCAGCUUGGUUCCUGUUGCUACAUGCAAACGGGACACCAAAAACGAAUGCUGCGCCGCGUUCCUCGCCGAUCCAUCGCUGCGGGACAAGGUUUUCCUGCCCGAGUCGUCCACCUAUGCCGAGAGGCUGGCCGACUACUACUCCAAGAACGCUGCGCUCUCCCCGUCCUGCAUGGUCUUGCCACUGAGCACUGGCGAUGUUUCCGCCAUUGCCGCAACCAUUUAUGAGAACGGGUGUCAGUUUGGGAUCCGAAGCGGUGGUCACUCGGCGUACGCGGGUGCUAAUAGUGUCGAGGGUGGCGUGACUGUCGACUUUGGCUAUAUGAAUGCCACCUCGUACACACCCGGGUCCGGCUCGGUGGUCAUUCCGGCUGGGUCCACGUGGGGCCAGGUUUACGAGACUCUUGACCCCUUGGGUGUGUCUGUGGCUGGCGGUAGGGCGUCUUCCGUCGGUGUCGGCGGCUUCACGACUGGCGGUGGCUACUCGUUCCAUGCUAACGCGGUUGGCUGGGCCUGCGACACGGUCCGGAACUUUGAGGUUGUGCUCGCGAACGGCACCGUCAUCAACGCCAACUCGGAGGAGAAUGCAGACCUGUGGAAGGCGCAGAAGGGAGCGUCAGGUAAUUUUGGCUUUGUCACACAGGUCGAGUUUGAUGUUCAACCGACCAACAGGAUCUGGGGCGGCUUCAUCUUCUAUCCUGCCGCGCAAGCCCUUGCUCUCUUCGAAGCUUAUGUCGAGUUUGUGAACAACAUGGACAAAAAACCGAACAGCCAAGCGCUGAUGGGGAUCAUCGGCAACGAGACACCCAAUGUCCAAUAUCUCGCACCGAUUUCCGAGAACACUGGCGUUCCCGACCGAGCAGCCUUUGAAGGCUUAUUCUCCAUCUCAAACGCUACCAGCUCAGUCAAGGACCACACGUAUGCAGACAUUGCGCCUCUUGUCGUGGCCUUGACCCAUCCCGGGUGGUACUCAAACUGGAUUGUCGAGCUGUACGCCAGCAACGUCGACAUGCUAUCCUCGAUCAACGACUCCUUCCUCAAGACCCUGGCCAAGAUGCGCGCGGCCGUCCCAAACCGCCAGUUCUCGUUCCUCGUGGAGCUGCAGCCAGUCACGCAGUCCAUUGUGAAGCACAGCGCCGCCAGGGGCGGCAACGUGCUCGGCCUCGAUAGUGUCGUGGCCGACGGCCCCGCGGUCAUGUGCAUGCUCUCGCUGACCGUCGAGAUGACCGACCUGCAGGAGGCGCUGCUUCCCCUUGCCCUUGAUCUCCGCGACGAGAUCGUCGCGUACGCGGACGGGAAAGGGCUUAACAAGAACUGGCGCUAUGCGCCAUAUGCCUGGGGAAAUCAGGAUCCGCUGGCGGAUUAUGGCACUGAGAACAUCGCUUUGAUCAAGGCUGCGGCGGGCAAGUAUGAUCCAGAUGGGGUGUUUCAGACUCUGCGGGCAUCGGGCUUCAAGAUUCCUGUUUAG